GUGCUAUGACGGUCACUGCGAAAGAGAAAAGAAAAAAUGAACUGAAACUAGGCUGGAUGAUGUUUCUUCUUGACGCGAGGGCCUACCACAGUACACGGGGGGUGGGGGGCAAGGGUGAGGACGUCGCUAUAUAAGACAACAUGAUGCUGAGCCACACCACACUUCGCCGCACACUCCACACUCCACCAUGAGGUUCCUGGUGAUUUUCCAGACGAUCCUGGCGGCGGCCAUCGCGGCAAAGCUCCCCACCUACAGCCUCCCCAACCUGCAACACCAACCAAAUGUUGGCACCCCACUGCCUGCCCCGCCCGCCAGGCCAUCAGACCAGCAUAUCCAGGAACACGUGGAUCAGAAUAGCCCAAUUCAGACCUAUGAGCCCGCUGGACCACUUGUCCCUCAGCAGCCCCAUAGCCCAGCAGGACCCAAUGAUCUGACUCACACUUUCGAAGAACCCACGAGGCCACAAGAGCCAUUCCAGUUUCAGGGUCUUGCGGGCCACGAUGUCUUUUUCCAGGCCUUUGAUGAACCUGCCGGGCCAGCACAGACUUUCGUGAGACCCACGGAGUCUAACGAUCUAAAUCAGAUCUAUGACAAGACCACGGGGCCAUUCUCCCCGACACAGUCCCAGGGCAUUGAUGGACAAACUGUCUUCGGAAGCUCCGCCUUAGAGCCACAAGGAUCAACACAACCCAAACACUCCGCUGGUGCUGUGCUAGGCGGCAGGUGCCCGCAGGGACAUGUGGUGCACGCUGACGGCUCCUGCGUGGUGCCUGAGGUGACCCGCGACCUGUACGUGUUCAGCAUCCCCGACACGCCCCGCCGCCCCUCCAAGCCGCUGCCCACCCUGCCGCCACCAAGGGUGCACGAGCACGUGCUGUUCAUCCGCGCGCCCGAGGGCGGGCACGCCGCGCAGCCCCUGCUGGUGCCGCCGCCCGCGCAGAAGAGCGUCGUCUACAUCCUCAGGGAAGAGUCGCCCGACGAGGAGCCGCGCGUCAUCCAGGCGCCCGCGCCGCCGCCCGCACGCCCCGAAGUCUUCUUCGUCAACUACGAGGAUGGCGAGAACCCCAGCCUGCACGGCGGCCUCGACCUGCAGCAGGUCCUGCAGACCGUCACCUCGGCCCCGCCAAGCCUACAGGAGCCACACCACGUGCAGGAGGCGCCGGAACAGCAGACUCACUUCCAGCAGGAAGGUCACACCGGCGGCGACCUUGUCCUAGAAGACCACAGCGACGAAGACCUCGCUCUGGGAGGAUACAGUGCCCAUGGUGCUAUUCUGGGAGGCCACAGUGAUGGUAGUUUUGCUUUUGGAGGCCACAGCAACGGUAACCAGCAGCCAGAAAGCUACAGCAACGGUAGCCAGCAGCCAGAAAGCUACAGCAACGGUAGCCAGCAGCCAGAAAGUUACAGCAACGGUAACCAGCAGCCAGAAACCUACAGCAACGGUAGCCAGCAGCCAGAAAGCUACAGCAACGGUAGCCAGCAGCCAGAAAGCUACAGCAACGGUAGCCAGCAGCCAGAAAGCUACAGCAAUGGUAACCAGCAGCCAGAAAGCUACAGCAAUGGUAACCAGCAGCCAGAAAGCUACAGCAAUGGUAACCAGCAGCCAGAAAGCUACAGCAAUGGUAACCAGCAGCCAGAAACCUACAGCAAUGGUAACCAGCAGCCAGAAAGCUACAGCAAUGGUAACCAGCAGCCAGAAACCUACAGCAAUGGUAACCAGCAGCCAGGAAGCUACAGCAAUGGUAACCAGCAGCUGGAAGGCCACAACAAUGAUCAUCUCGGUUUAACGGUCGUUAUUGAUAAUGACUUCGAGCUUGGAGAACACCUCGACCAUGAUGUUUCUUUGGAAGGUCACUCUGACGACACGUUUGUCCUGACAGGCCACGAUGAUAUCUCUCUGGAGGGUCACACUGACGAUGACUUUCAUCUGAGAGGUCACAGCCAGGGUGACCUCGUGUUGGAAAGCCAGGGUAACAAUGGCGCAAACAACAUUGUCCUGAGCGUCGAGACAGAUGAGUCUGUGGGUCAAGGUCCGAGCGGCACGCAGGAAACUCUUGCCGAGGCUCCGACUAGCUUUGCAUUCCAGAACAGCGGCGCCCUUGGCAGCGACUUCCCCCAGGAGGGAGGAAACGAAGGCUACGCAGUGCCCGCCAGACUCCUCGGCGUCAAUCUAGGAAGCAGUACCAACAAAUUCAAUGGCUUCGUCGACAACGAGGAGGCAGCACGUGGCGCGGUGGAUUCAAUUACUGACACAGUGGCAAGAUUCAAUGGGAACGUGUACGGGCCGCCCACCAUCUCCCCUGCUCCUCCAUCUCUGCUCUACACACAACCUUAACGCCCCACGCUCUUUACUUUACACGCGUGAUGUCUUGACGUAACACUCCGCUGCAGCUAACACCCCACAUCCUGCCUCACGCCAGAACAGCCAGUGAGGAAUAUGAGAAAAAAAAAAUCUUUUGGCUUAGAAAUAAGAACAUAAGGGAAGCCGCAAUAAGCCAAUAGGCCUACACGUGGCGGUCCCAUUUUUCAGUUCCUUUUUUAAGUACUUGAAGUGUAGUACUGUGUGUCCUUGAAAAUAAAACACGCAGCAACACCUCUCCACUUCACUACUCACUGACUGUCUCGCGUUGCUUCCCAUCCCUGUCCCCUCAGGCAACAUGGUCCAGUAGUUCCUGUAGUAAUAGAGCAGUCAUGCAUGCGACUGCUACCUUACAGAAAAACCUUAAGUAUCUGUUCACAUUUAAUCAAUGACUUUUAUAUAAUUUCAUAGAGUAUAUCAUAUUUAUUUAGCGUAAUAAAGCAUAAAUUUCAAAUAA